AUGCAUGCAUAUAUAUAAACUCAGAUCGGCCGGCAAUGGCUGCCGGAAGCAAGUCCAAGUCCAACCUCUUCUCCCGACUCCACGGAGCACGUAUCCACGGUCGUCAGUUCCGGGAAUGACUCCAGAAAUCAAGAAUCUCGACGGCGACAAGGCCGAUGACGGCGGUGGAGCAGCAGCAGUAGCACCAGGAGCCGGCCAUGGCCAUGGGCAUGGCAAGGGCGCCAAGAACAAGCUGUCCCUGGUACCGCUCAUCUUCCUCAUCUUCUUCGAGGUGGCCGGCGGGCCGUACGGCGCCGAGCCGGCGGUGCAGUCGGCGGGGCCGCUCUACGCGCUGCUCGGCUUCCUCAUCUUCCCCUUCAUCUGGGCCAUCCCGGAGGCCCUCGUCACGGCCGAGCUCUCCACCGCGAUGCCCGGGAACGGCGGCUUCGUGGUGUGGGCGGACCGCGCGUUCGGCCCCGUCUCCGGCUCCCUCAUGGGCACCUGGAAGUACGUGUCGGGGGCCAUCAACGGCGCCGCCUUCCCGGCGCUGUGCGCCGACUACCUGGCCCGCGUCGUCCCCGCCGUGGCCGGCGGCGGCGCACGGGUGGCCACCAUCGUCACCUUCAACGUCGCGCUCUCCCUGCUCAACUACACCGGCCUCAGCGUCGUCGGGUGGUCCGCCGUGGCGCUCGGGGUCGCCUCCCUGUCGCCGUUCGUGCUCAUGACCGGCGUCGCGCUGCCCAAGAUCCGGCCGCACAGGUGGGGGGCCACCGCCGGCGACAAGGACUGGAAGCUCUUCUUCAACACCCUCUUCUGGAACCUCAACUACUGGGACAGCGUCAGCACCAUGGCCGGCGAGGUGGAGAACCCCGGCAAGACGUUCCCGACGGCGCUCAUGGCGUCCGUGGGCAUGACGUCCCUCGGGUACCUGCUGCCGCUCAUGGCGGCCACCGGCGCCAUCGACGCGCCGCCGGAGCAGUGGGGGAACGGCUUCUUCGCCGACGCCGCGGGCAUGAUCGCCAGCGACUGGCUCAAGUAUUGGAUCGAGGUGGGCGCGGUGCUCUCCUCCAUCGGCCUCUACUCGGCUACACUAAGCAGUGCGGCAUUCCAGCUGCUUGGAAUGGCGGACCUGGGACUACUCCCUUGCGUCUUCGCCCUACGCGCCCCAAUCUUUAAUACUCCAUGGGUCAGCAUCGUGGUCACUAGCCUCAUCACCCUCGGCAUGUCCUUCUUCAGCUUCAACAACAUUGUGACCGCUGCCAACUUCCUCUAUAGCCUUGGCAUGCUCCUCGAGUUUGCCACAUUCAUCUGGCUCCGAAUCAAGCGGCCCGAGAUGUCGCGCCCCUACCGGGUGCCACUCCGACUCCCAGGCAUUGUCGUCCUGUGUCUCGUCCCCUCGGGGUUCCUUGUCUUCGUCAUGGCCAUCGCCGGUUGGAAGGCGUAUGCCAUCAGCGCCAUCUUCACUGCGGCAGGCCUUGGGGUCUAUUACCUCAUGAAGUUCUGUAAGGCAAGGGGGUUCCUCAAGUUUGGCACCGUCGAUGGCGAGGGUUUGAUGUAUGAGCGUCACCAGGAGAGUGCAAAUGUUGGUGUCUGAGGUUGCGAUUCUCUUGAUGUCACGUUGACAAGUUUGAUUUGGCCAGUGCAAUUAUGACAUCUAGUAAUGUGCAUGCCAUAUGUUUCUCUUCCUUUCUUUUGUGUGCAGAGCAACAAAUCAAUGUUUCUCAUAGCCUAUGCGAUGAAUGAAUCAGAUUUCAUUUUUUCUUCUUACAAUCCGGUAGUUAGAAAACGGAUAAUAGAUAAUUGACCAACCUCAUAUUGUCAACCAACAAAAUGGUGACGAAGCUCACACCCUUAUUCUACAACCAAUGUAAUGGCAGUCAAUUUUGAAGAUAAGAGAUGGGGACUCAAGCAUUUUUACCAAAUUUGUACUCGUAUUAAAUAAAUACUGUAGCCAGCUAAUUUUUCGUAUGAA